GUAUGACUUUUAAUAGCAUGCUUACUGAAAACGUGUUUUAGUAGUCGGGGAUUGUAAUGGCUUGUCGUCGACUCCCGUUCUCUAUGUGGUGUGAUAGCUUCUUGAAUAUUUUAUCAUGAGGCGCGUGUACCAAAAUAUCGACAAGUACAAUGAUGGGUGCAUGGUCCUCAUUCCUGAAGAGGCAGAAGAUAUGUGGCAUGCUUAUAACUUAGUAGCUGUUGGAGAUGUUCUCAAAUCAACAACUAUCCGAAAGGUUCAGAAUGAAUCUGCAACUGGUAGUGUCAGUGCUAGUAAAGUACGUACUGUACUUACCAUUCGGGUAGAAGCUAUUGACUUUGACACUCAGGCUUGUGUGUUGCGGGUGAAAGGCCGAAAUAUUGCAGAAAACCAAUAUGUGAAGAUGGGAGCUUACCACACACUUGAUUUGGAGCUCAACCGCAAGUUUACACUUGAAAAACAUUGGGAUUCAAUCACAUUAGAACGCAUUGACACAGCUUGUGAUCCAGCUCAAAAUGCUGAUUUAGCUGCCAUUGUGAUGCAAGAAGGUCUUGGUCAUCUCUGCCUUGUAACAUCCAGUAUGACUUUAGUAAAGGCCAAGAUCGAAACAAACAUUCCACGAAAGAGGAAAGGAAUGUGUGCCCAACAUGACAAGGGUCUUAUGAAAUUUUAUGACCAAAUGAUCCAGGCUGUUAGAAGACAUGUCAACUUUGAAAUUGUGAAGUGUUUGCUAAUUGCAAGCCCUGGCUUUGUGAAGGAUCAAUUUUUCUCCUACAUGUUGGAUCAGGCUGUGAAAAAUGACUGGAAGGAUAUUCUGGAGAAUAAGUCACGAUGUGUUUUGGCACAUUCUUCGUCUGGUUUUAAACAUUCUCUCAAAGAAGUACUGCAAGAUCCUUCCAUGGCAAACCGGUUGGCAGAUACCAAAGCUCUUGGAGAGGUGAAAGCAUUGGAUGAAUUUUACAAUAUGUUAGUAAACGAUCCAGAUCGUGCUGUUUAUGGUAUAAAGCCUGUUGAAAAGGCAUCAGAUCUCUUAGCCAUAGAAACUUUGAUGGUUUCAGACGAGUUGUUCAGAUCCAGGGAUAUUCAAAAGCGACAGCGCUAUGUUGCUUUGGUGGAUAAAGUAAAAGAAAACGGAGCAGACGUUAAGAUCUUUUCUAGUCUGCACGUCUCAGGAGAACAGCUUGGUCAACUCACUGGUGUAGCUGCCCUCUUGCGCUACCCCAUACCUGAAGAAGAUGAGGUUGAUGGGGUAUCAGACAGUGAAGAUUGAUGGCAAUCAGCUUAUACCAAACAGUGCUUCAUUAUUGCGAAUCUGUGGCUGGGAUUUGUUUCCAUAUUGUAUGGAUCUUCAAAUGUCAUUGUCAACAUUGGACUAAAUGCAAUGUAAAUUCCCUGUAUUUUUCCUCAAUAAUGUUAUUGUUCUUUCA